AUGACUGCCACAGUUAUUGCGAGGGCGACGGUGCAUGGCGUGCGACUGGUGGGCGACGCCAUCUCUCUAGCAGUGGGGGUUCUGUGGGUGCUGUUCACUGCGCUGCUUCGGACGCUGCUGCCCCCGCCACUACCCAAGAGCAUCGCUGGCGAGGUCGCGCUGGUAGUGGGAGCAGGACACGGAUUGGGCCGCGAUGUGGCGCUGCUUCUGGCCACCAGAGGCGCCAACGUCGUCUGCUGGGAUUUCGACGCAGCAGCCAAUGGCGACACCAUCCGGCUGAUUCGCGGUGUCAGAGGCAAGGCGACGGGGUACGCAGUGGACGCAUCGAACCGCGACGAGGUGCAGGUGGCAGCGGCGCGGAUGCGGCGCGACGUGGGCGUGGUCACGCUG